CGCCCCGCCCGCCAGCCCCCGCCCGCCCUGGCAGGCGGGGGGACCAGGCGGAUUCCUCGCGCGUCAAACCACUUGAUCCCAUAAAACAUUCAUCCUCGCGGUCCGCGCCGCCGCCGCCCUCGCCCUGCGCUCCCACGGCCCGAGCCCUGCCCGGGCCGGUCGGAGCGGAGCGUGCGGAGCCUCCACCCGCGGCCGGGCCGGGGCCGGGUCGCAGCGGCGGCCCCUGGACGCAGACCCGGCCGCGGGGAGAAGGGCGCCCGCCCCGAAGCGACUUUUAGUCCCCCACGCGCCCCGCCUGGCCCCUAUGAUGAAGAGGGCGUCGGCUGGAGAAGACCCCUUGGUGAGGCCAGCUGGCCGGAGGACCACCACCCUGCAGACCACACACCCAGGGCCUGGCACCGUGGGGAGACCCCGAUCAGCAGGUGAAGUCGACACCCUGAUGAUGCUGGCCAGUUCACCUUCACUCUGGUCAUUUACUGUACCCUGGAGCAGCUCCUGCUUGAGUGCUAUGACCCCAACCACUGCAGCCUCCGGCUGCCUCACUGGUCCAUCAUUAAUACCCCGAUGGUGAGCAUGCUGGUAUACAGUGAGGGGGCUCUGCUCCCGAGACCCCUGGAGAGGCCUGUCCUGGUGGAGUUCACCCUGCUGGAGAUGGAGAAGCGAACCAAGCCCAUCUGCGUGUUCUGGAACAAUUCCCUGGCUGUCAAUGGGACGAGAGGGCGGUCUGCCCAGGGCUUCGAGCUCCUGUCCAGAAACUGGACACACGUUGCAUGCCAGUGCAGCCACACAGCCAGCUUCAAGGUGCUCAUGGACAUCUCCAGGUGUGAGGUGGGCAUCCUCCUGUGGCCACUAUGCCCACCGAGACUACCCCCAAACCUGCCCCUCCUCAAUCUAAAUCUUCCAUUCUAAGCAGCUUUGAACAAAGCAAAUCAACCGAUUAAAAAAAUAUAUUCCAGGA